GUGAAAAUGAAUUACUUCGUAUUUGUGCUGCUUAUUGCUUUUUGUCCAUUUGGAAAGACAAGUGAUGCCAAAACACUUGAGAUGGUUCAUUUACUGUAUCGUCAUGGCCAUCGAUCUCCAAUAUAUAUCUACCCAAAAGAUCCAUACCAAGAGAAUACAUCUUGGCCUGAUGGACUGGGCAGACUUACACAGAUUGGUAUGAAUAUGGAGUAUGACCUUGGAAAGUUUCUAAAGUCCAGAUAUAUCAGCCAAAAUUCAUUAGUUAACUCUUCUUAUCUUUACAAAGAGGUUUAUAUUCGAAGUUCUGAUGUUGAACGGUGUUUGCAAAGUGCUGAAACACAGUUGGCAGGCUUUUAUCCACCCAAAGGCUAUCAGGUAUGGAACACAGCUAUACCAUGGCAACCUGUACCAGUACAUACUGUACCUGCUGAUGAAGAUGCGGUAUUAAGACCAGAUGAUACAGUUUGUCCACGAUUGUUUGAGCUAGAAGAUGACAAAAAAAGAGAACCCAUAUAUUUACAGAAACAGGCGCAAUACAAGGACUUUAUGAAACAACUUAGUAAUUAUACUGGUAUGCUUGUAAACUUCGAUAAUCUAUGGCAGAUCGGAGACGCUUUAAAAUCUGAGAAAGUGGCUGGUUUUAAAAUUCCUAGUUGGGCGCAGCAAAACUGGAACAAGCUUUUGGAAAUUACAGAAUGGGUAUUUCUUAACAAAUACAAGGGUAGUGAUGAGCUGGGAAGACUUUUAGGGGGGACGUUACUUGGAAUAAUGAACGAUAAUAUGGAAAAACGUAAGGAAGGCAAAUACCUUGAUCUUCUUCAUAAAUUAUACAUAUUUUCGGGGCAUGAUACUUCGAUACUGUCGUUAACUGCUGCUCUGGAUAUAGAAAUGUCUGUGCCAACAUUUGCGUCAUGCAUGAUGGUGGAACUCUACAAAGAUUCUGGAAACAAUUAUUUCGUUGAAAUACAUUAUCGAAAUGAUAGCAGUGGCUCCACUUACCCUAUGAAAUUGAAAGAAUGCGAUUACCAAUGUCCUUUAGCUGCUUUUAUCAGUUUGACAAAAAAUCGUGUACCAACUAACAGGGAUAAAGAAUGCAAUUUCCCUAAGAAAACAGAUUUUUUUACUGUUUAUCGCCUAAAAAUUGCUUCAUUACUCUUUGUUGUAACCACUGUUCUGUUGCUGAUGAUCAUCAUUAUACUGUGCAUCAGAAGAAGGGCGUAUUUCACACGUAGAAUGGCUUAUAAAGUAAAUAGCUAUGGUGACGAUGAAAGUUUAAUACAGGAAAUGAAGGAAGAACUUUAAUAGUAUUUUUUAUGGUGGAACUUUUUUGGGGUGUUUUUACAUAGGCUGGUUAGUAAUUAAUAGAAUAGUGAAGCAUAUUAAUACCAAUUCUUGACAGUUAAACAAAUGUGGCAAGUUCAGGGUAUACUUGAAGGGUAACCAAUUUAUACCUAAGCUAGAUUGUUUAUUAAUUUCUAAAAUACUAAAAUAAAAAAAUUCAUUGUGGAUUGUAGUGAAGACAAUUCCUUACUGGGAAAUCGGGCAAACCUUCAAUUGGAUUUGGUAGAUAAGUUUUAUGGAACUAUUUGUAUUUUAGAUGUUAUUGGAUUAGUUUAUUUUCUAAAUAAUUGAUAGACGAUGAUGAUGUUUAUUAUGUCCAGUAUUCUAAUAGUUAGUGACGUUCUUGACAGAGACCUUUUUUUUAAAAGAAAACAAAACUGUGUAAUAAUGUGUCGUUAUUUUUAUUUUUUAUAUUUUAAAAGCAUUAAGCAUUGCAAACACCUGUCGUAACGCAUUGUUUUUUGUUUUUUUCAAUACUAUUUUUGUCAAAAUGUUCCUUAAAACGGGAAAAAAAUGUAAUAUCACAUUGACAUUAUUUGUCAUCAUGGUUUUUUUCGGGUUCCAUGUGAAACGAAAGAACAAAAGUAACUCUAUGCAAAGUUGUCAAGCGAAAAUAUUUGGAUGUAGCAUAAUAAAUAUGCUUUCAAAUCUCAUUACUGUAUCAUAUAUUAUUUUGAUUUUUAAGAGAAUUUUGGAAGAUUUAUACUUCCUGAUUAAAUGUUUUUAAUGAAGAUUGAAAUGAAGUAGGAUUUUUUUACCGUUUACCACCGACCAAAAAAUGUUUAGUCAGAGAAUUUUCAACAAUAUUUUGUCUUCCCAGUGUUAUUCCGAAUUCCGACCCAAGCUAUAUUUUUAAGAAUAGCUAAAUAGCUAAAAAUGAUUCCAACAAACUGAUAAACAAAUAAUCAGUCUGCACAACAAUAUUUGUAUGUAUAUAUAGUAAAUAAGGAUGGCCUUUCAAUUUAUUUCUUCAUUUUACAAUAUUUUUACACCGACGUUUUCAAUUUUAACCACUUGUUUUUUUAUAAAAACUGGCAUGGUGUAGCAUGAAUAUGUAUUUUUGUAGUAUUAGUAGUUGUAAAAUAUUUGAACCAAA